AGUGCUCACUCACAGCCAGACGGGAGACAGGGGAGGAAACCUCUUGUCAAGUUUCUCUCUGACCCUCAGAGCAUCAGCAUUUUAACAGAUCCACUUCUUCAUUGUUUCCCUCCUACACUGGGCUCUCAGAUAACUGUGUCGAUGGCAGGCAUUCUUCUGAAUUACUGAUUUUCAGAAACUUGGCUACAUCACCACUCUCUGUAUUGCGUGACGCGCAUGGACACUGACAGUGCGCACACUUGUCAUUGAGAAACCAAGAUUAUUCAAGUCCUUUUUUCUCUCUUUUUUAUUUUUAGUAUUUUUACGUUUAUUUUCAAGGAUGCUCGUCUUGACUUGGAAUAGAUGCUGUGUUGUGGUGUUUCUCGUCGCUUCUCUGAAGACUGGGACAUCCCAGGUAUCAGAGGCGCGUCCAAAGGCGAACUUAAUCAAGCCAGCUCUGUCGGAAGAGUCACCUACACCCGCCACAAACAGCACUGCUCACAUGGGGAUCACCAAGAAACAUAACGUCCUUGUGCAGCAGGUGUAUCCAUGCAGCAAUGAUAAGGAGUGCAGCAUGGGCAGCUACUGCCACAGCCCUCAGCAGUCUCCCUCUCGCUGCCUCACCUGCCGCAGGAGGAAGAAGCGCUGCCAUCGAGAUGCCAUGUGCUGUCCUGGGAACCGCUGCAGUAACUUUAUUUGUGUGCCUAUCUCUGAGAGCGUACUCUCACCUCACAUCACAGCUUUAGACGAGCAUAACAAACUCUCCACAAAAGACCAAAGCUGGAGGAAGAAUGGGAAGGCGCACACUAAGCACUCUCUCAAAGGACAUGAGGGCGACCCUUGCCUGCGUUCAUCCGAUUGCUCGGAGGGCUACUGCUGCGCCCGCCAUUUCUGGACCAAAAUCUGCAAGCCGGUGCUGAGACAGGGGGAGGUGUGCACCAAGCAGAGGAAGAAAGGCUCUCAUGGCCUGGAAAUCUUCCAGCGCUGUGACUGUGCCAAGGGCCUUUCCUGCAAGGUGUGGAAAGACGCCACCUCGUCGUCCAAGUCCAGGCUCCACAUGUGCCAGAAGGUCUGAAGUGGGGGGUGGCCGCUGCUGUCGUCGUAGAGUGCUCUGUCUCCAUCUGCCAGGGAAAGUUAAAGGAUGGGUUGUGGUGGUAAUGAAAAUGAGUUAAAGACAGAGACUAACAAGAGACAGAACAGACUGUGUGUUCAAGCUCAGCAAGCAGUGAGUGAAUGCGAUUUGCUUUAAUGUGUCUGCUGCGAGUGCUCCAUCCCUGCACCCAUACACACAUACACACUCACACACACACCCACACACACACACACACACACACACACCUCAUGGGUUUGUGAUCAAUGAGCUCAUGUUGUUGUUGCACACAAAUACAUAUUUUUUUUUACACUCGGGACAUUCAGGGAGCCACAAAGUUAGCCAGUAGAUGCUGUGAUAGGAAAGGACCUUUGUUUUAGAUGGAGGCCACAGGCGUAGCAGUCUUUCAUUAAACUUUAACUUUUAUAAAUAAGACCGAAAACUAUUAACAGACAAGCCAUAUUUUUUACUGCACAGUACAUGCUUUACCGGCCUUUGAAAGAUCUGAUGUGUGAUACCCUGUGUCUCAUUGCUGGAUCUACCAUCAUUUGUUAUCUGUUUAGACAAAAUGUCAAUAUCUGACUCUUGUUUGUUUUUAAGUCUUGUGGAAUUUAGCUAUUUAUAUGCAGGGCAUUUAGAAGCAGUAACGAAGUCCAGACCCACGAAAUACCAGUCAUAUCAUAUGAGGAACUAAUUGCAUAAACUCUUCACUUCAGAGCUUGACCUGUGGAACAGCAUCCUGAGACUUCAAUGUGAUGCAUAACGCUCAUAAACCAAAGAAUAUUUACACCAGAGUGAUGAGUUUCAUCUGGGGGCAUUAGCUCCAUGGCCCAUUUUUAGCCAUAAGAAGAGAGAUAAAGUAUUGUGUCCGUCGUGGAAACGUCGUUUGAUCUGUCAGACGCAGCUGCAAUCUAUCGUGAUACAAACUGUGAGGGUUAAAGCAGUGUGUGUUGAGGUAGUCUCAGUUUUCCUGAUACCAAACAGAGAAUGGUUUUGCUUUUUUUUCAAUCCCAUAAACAGGACUCAAGGAUACCAUGGAAGUGCAAUUUGUUUCCGUUUGCAAUGCCAACAGGAGAGGAGUCGUGAGAGGAUUGAUUAGACUCUCCGUAAAUGUUUUUAACUCUACUGCAGGUUGAAUCAACGUCAACACACAGCCCGGUUUAUUUUUCUGCUCCUCCAAUAAUGACUGCAUGCUCCUGUCUCAUGUAAUACGCUGCAGUUUUUGUUGUUAUGAAGGUUAACCAAUGCCCCCCUGCCAAAGCACAACUUCUUUAAACAACCACCUGAUAUAGUCAACACAAUAUCACAUUUGCCUCUUUCUGCUUCAAUGUGUUUAGAGCAUCAACUACACAUAUUUUGUAACCAUUUAAAAUACCAAUAAGCUCUUAUAUUGUAAAUAGAUUGGAAACAAUGACCAUGUAUUUAAGAAUCAAUGUAUAUCAUGUACAUAUUAUAAAAAUAUGAAUCUUAAAUGUUGCAGCAAAAUGAUCUAGGUGAGAAGAGUAAUGAGGGAUGAACUAACAUUAGUUAAAAUGAUAAAAGCUGUGUGUAUAGACACAGGGGAAAAGGCAUAGAUAGCUUAGAUAUUACAGACUGAAUGCAUCAUGAGGAUGUUUCCAAAGAGAGAGACAAGCACAUGAAUUUCCAAAGUAGUUUGUGUAAAUGGUCUCAAGAUUUAUAUCCCACUAAAUACUGUUUGUGUCUAUACUGAUUUGUUGUGUGUAUUUACAAUGAUGAAUGAAUAAAAGAAUGUAUUUUGUA